UUGAUUGUUGACACGGUGAGGGAGACGGACGGGGUAAAGAUGGCGGUGUCCCGUCGCUCGUCUCAGCAUCAGGGAGUUCCGUCCUCUCCGCCGCGCGGCGCCCUGCUCCCCUCCUCCUCCUCCUCGGCCCCGGACAGCCCCACACUCAGCCCCUCUCUCAGCCCCACACUCAGCCCCUCUCUCAGCCCCUCUCUCAGCCCGGACUCGGCGGAGGACGGCGGCCCGGUGUCGGAUGUGUGUGUAUCGGCCCCCGCGGCCUCCCCGGGCCGCCCCGCUCCGGCUCUGUGCGCUCCGGGGGAGGAUGAGGAGGAGGAGGACGGGGAGAGCGGCGGGGGAGUCGGGGCGGCGUUCAGGGAGCUGUUCGAGGCCUGCAGGAACGGGGACGUGUCGCGGGUCAAGCGGCUGGUGGACUCGGGCAACGUGAACGCCAAGGACGUGUCGGGCAGGAAGUCCACUCCGCUCCACUUCGCCGCAGGGUUCGGGCGUAAGGACGUGGUGGAGCACCUCCUGCGUACAGGAGCGAACGUGCACGCCCGUGACGACGGCGGCCUCAUCCCUCUGCACAACGCGUGCUCGUUCGGUCACGCAGAGGUGGUGAGUGUGUUACUGUGUCAGGGGGCCGACCCCAACGCCCGCGACAACUGGAACUACACACCGCUGCACGAGGCCGCCAUCAAGGGCAAGAUCGACGUGUGUAUAGUCCUCCUCCAGCAUGGCGCUGACCCCAACAUCAGAAAUACAGACGGCAAGUCAGCUCUAGACCUGGCAGACCCUUCAGCCAAGAGUGUGCUCACUGGUGAAUAUAAGAAGGAUGAGCUGUUGGAGGCCGCGAGGAGCGGGAACGAAGAUAAGCUGAUGGCUCUUCUCACACCACUCAACGUCAACUGUCACGCCAGCGAUGGACGCAAGUCGACUCCACUGCACCUGGCUGCAGGUUAUAACCGCGUACGCAUCGUCCAGCUGCUGCUGCAGUACGGAGCAGACGUCCACGCCAAGGACAAGGGAGGUCUGGUUCCUCUCCAUAACGCCUGCUCGUAUGGACACUACGAGGUCACUGAGCUGCUGCUGAAGCACGGGGCGUGUGUGAACGCGAUGGACCUGUGGCAGUUCACGCCCCUGCACGAGGCGGCGAGUAAGAACCGGGCCGAGGUGUGUUCACUGCUGCUGAGCCACGGGGCCGACCCCACCGUCCUCAACUGUCACUGCAAGAGCGCCAUCGAGCUCGCACACACACCCGAGCUCCGCGACCGGCUCGCCUAUGAGUUCAAAGGUCACUCGCUGCUGCAGGCCGCCCGCGAGGCCGACAUGGCCAAGGUGAAAAAGGUUCCGCCGGAUAUCAUCAACUUCAAACACCCAAACUCUCAGGACAGCGCGCUGCACUGUGCCGUGGCGUCUCCUCAUCCCAAACGCAAACAGUUGACAGAACUGCUGUUGCGCAAAGGAGCCAACAUCCACGAGAAGAACAAAGAUUUCAUGACUGCGUUCCACGUGGCUGCAGAGCGAGCGCAUAACGACGUGCUGGAGGUUCUACAGAAACACGGAGCAAAGGUGAACGCAGUAGACACUCUGGGUCAGACGGCGCUGCACAGAGCCGCACUAGCGGGUCACCUACAGACCUGCAGACUGUUACUGAGUUACGGAGCCGAUCCGUCCAUCGUCUCACUGCAGGGCUUCACUGCUGCACAGACGGGCAACGAGGCCGUGCAACAGAUACUCAGUGAGAACAUUCCCACUCGGAACUCUGAUGCAGACUAUCGCUUCCUGGAGGCGGCCAAAGCAGGAGACCUGGACACGGUGAAGCGACUGUGCUCUCCCCAGAACGUGAACUGUCGUGACCUGGAGGGACGUCACUCCACUCCGCUGCACUUCGCGGCUGGUUAUAACCGCGUGGCCGUGGUGGAGUAUCUCCUGCAGCACGGGGCUGAUGUCCACGCCAAGGACAAGGGGGGUCUGGUUCCUCUCCAUAACGCCUGCUCGUACGGUCAUUAUGAAGUAGCCGAGCUGCUGGUGCGUCACGGCGCGUCGGUGAACGUAGCGGACCUGUGGAAGUUCACACCACUGCACGAAGCUGCAGCCAAGGGCAAAUACGAGAUCUGUAAACUGCUGCUCAAGCAUGGUGCUGACCCAUCAAAGAAGAACCGGGACGGUAACGUGGCUUUGGACAUGGUGAAGGACGGAGACACGGACAUCCAGGACCUGCUGCGUGGCGAUGCCGCCCUGCUGGACGCCGCCAAGAAGGGCUGCCUCGCCCGCGUCCAGAAACUGUGUAGCAGCGACAACAUCAACUGUAGAGACACACAGGGGAGGAACUCUACACCCUUACACCUCGCCGCUGGCUACAAUAACCUGGAGGUAGCGGAGUACCUGUUGGAGCACGGCGCGGAUGUGAACGCUCAGGAUAAAGGAGGUCUGAUCCCGCUGCACAACGCUGCCUCCUACGGGCACGUGGACAUAGCGGCUCUGCUCAUCAAGUUCAACACGUGUGUGAACGCGACGGAUAAGUGGGCGUUCACGCCGCUGCACGAGGCGGCUCAGAAGGGCCGGACACAGCUGUGUGCGCUGCUGCUGGCUCACGGCGCCGACCCGUCCAUGAAGAACCAGGAGGGACAGACCGCGCUGGACUUAGCCACGGCUGAUGAUAUCCGCGCGUUGCUGAUGGACGCUAUGCCCCCUGACGCGUUACCCAGCUGUCUGAAGCCCCAGGCCACAGUGCUGAGCGCCACCCUCAUCUCCCCCGCCUCCAGCAUCGACAACCUGAGCGACGGGGCCUGCGGGGGGGCAGACGGGGCCGUGGGGGGCGAGCGCAAGGAGGGAGAGGUAGCGGUGUUGGACAUGAACAUCAGCCAGUUCCUGAAAAGUCUGGGCCUCGAACACCUCAGAGAUAUCUUUGAGCGCGAGCAGAUCACUCUGGACGUCCUGGCUGAUAUGGGACACGAGGAGCUGAAGGAGAUCGGAAUAAACGCUUACGGACACAGACACAAACUGAUCAAAGGUCUUGAGAGACUGCUGGGGGGUCAGCAGGGUGCAAAUCCGUACCUGGCGUUCCACUGCGCAGCUCAGGGCACCGUCCUGAUCGACCUGCCGCCUGACGACAAGGAGUUCCAGUCUGUGGCGGAGGAGAUGCAGAGUACGAUCCGUGAGCACAGAGACGGAGGAAACGCUGGAGGAGUUUUUAACAGAUACAACAUCAUCAAGAUCCAGAAGGUGGUGAAUAAGAAGCUGCGUGAGCGCUACACACACCGUCAGAAGGAGAUCUCCGAUGAGAACCAUAACCACCAGAACGAGCGCAUGCUCUUCCAUGGUUCUCCGUUCAUUAACGCCAUCAUCCACAAGGGCUUUGACGAGCGCCACGCCUACAUCGGCGGUAUGUUCGGGGCCGGGAUCUACUUUGCUGAAAACUCCUCCAAGAGUAACCAGUACGUCUACGGCAUCGGCGGGGGGACGGGAUGCCCCGCCCACAAGGACCGCUCCUGUUACGUGUGUCACAGGCAGAUGCUGUUCUGCAGGGUGACUCUGGGGAAGUCGUUCCUGCAGUUCAGUGCCAUGAAGAUGGCUCACGCUCCUCCUGCUCAUCACUCGGUCAUCGGGAGGCCCAGCGUCAACGGCCUGGCCUACGCCGAGUACGUCAUCUACAGAGGAGAGCAGGCGUAUCCAGAGUAUCUGAUCACCUACCAGAUCGCUAAACCAGAGAGCAGCACACAGAGCAGCCCUGGAGCACAACAGAAAUCAUAGUGUCUCUCUCUCUCUCUCUCUCUCUCUGA